AUGAAUGCGUUGGAUUCGGAACAGGUAGACCAGGAUCUUGCUGUAUGCGCUUCUGAAACAGCACCCACGUUGCCUUCGAAGCAAGAGAUAAAGGUGGGAAAUUGUGGUGUUCUCGGCGUCGCAACGGAUGCGCAUCCUGCACAAGCCGAUGCACAUUGCCAGUGCGCUCAAACGCUGGUGUGCAGCAGCUGGCCCAUUUGGUUUGGUUCACGCUUGCCGACAAUGCAGGAUUGA